AAAACAAAUUUUUGUAUUUUCUUCAAGCCUUUGUAGAGCUGUAAAAUUGCAUUUUCAAAUUAUGGUGUUAACAAUUGCGCGUGCGUAACUGCAUAUUUGAGAUUGAGAGGACGAGCGCUGAGUACGCCGAGUUGUGUGUGAAAAAUCUAGCAUAGAAAACUAAAAAUUUAUAUAAAAUCCCGUGCUUCGAGUAGAACCGAAACUUUUUACGAAACCUAGUAUUUCUUAGGCAACGUGCUACCAGCAAAAUGUCGCUAUUGAAAAAUCUCUUCCAGAGUAAGACCGCCCAACCGGCUUACAGCGAGAAUGUGCCACGUGAAGUCAACAUGGGUGAGGAGGUGCGUCGCUUGAUGCACAGGCAAGAUAUUGAAGCGGCUAUGGAGUCUGCGAAGCCUUUCCUACUGACUGCCGCGCUAGCUUGGCCCACAGUUUGGCUGUAUCGCGGUUUCGAAUGGCAUACAAAACGGGGUAAGGAGACGCUGCCGCUCUAUAUAAGAAAGACCUUUUUUGCCGCUAAAAUUACACAGCUCUCGGUGCUUCUACUUGGUCUAGUUUAUGCUAUCGGCAGUACACAGCCACGUCACUUUUAAUUUGACUCUUAUUUUCUAAAAUACGGAACGAAAAGUCGGAUAAGAUGCUCAAACCAAAAGCAGGGUCUAAAAUUAAAAAAUGCUGCUUGUGUUCGUCUUCGUGUUACGAAAAUGUCAUCCACAAAAAUCGAUAAAAAAUAAUUACAAUUUAUAUAGUAUCGAGUUAGACAAAUAAUUGUAGAAAAAAUCGAAAAUGAACAGCUGAAGCAUAUGUAGAAGAAAUAAUUGUAACAAACCAACCAAGAAAUUAUUAAAG